AAGGUCCUCUCUUCUCCACCAGUCAUGCUUGCCAGACAUCAAGGCAUCCGGGCCAGCUCAACGGGCUUUAGCAGUGGGUCAGCAGUGGUGGGUAGGGGCAGGCGGGCUGCCUUCAGUUCUGUCUCUAUCACUGGUGGUGGAGGCCGCAGCUCCUCUUCUGGAGGCUUUGGCAGCAAAAGUCUCUAUAACUUCGGGAGGAACAGGUGCAUGAGUGUGGCAGGGGGCCGGCAAGGGGCUGGAUUUGGAUUUGGGGCUGGAGGUGCUGGAGGUUUUGGUGCUGGAGGCUUUGGUGCUGGAGGUUUUGGUGCUGGAGGUUUUGGUGGGGCAUUUAAUGGCCAAGGGGGACCCAACUUCGCUGUGUGCCCUGUCGGUGGGAUUCAAGAGGUGACCAUUAACCAGAGCCUGCUGACCCCUCUCCAUCUGGAGAUUGACCCAGAGAUCCAGAAGGUGCGGACAGAAGAGAGGGAGCAGAUCAAGACCCUCAACAACAAGUUUGCCUCCUUCAUUGACAAGGUGAGAUUCCUUGAGCAGCAGAACAAAAUCUUGGAGACCAAGUGGAAUCUCCUGCAACAGCAGACGACUACCACAUCUAGCAAAAACCUAGAACCUUACUUUGAGUCAUAUAUUAGCUGCCUGAAGAAACAGUUGGACAGCUUGGUCAAUGACAAAAGCCGCCUACAGUCUGAAUUGAAGAUUAUGCAGGACAGUGUGGAAGACUUCAAGAAAAAAUAUGAAGACGAGAUCAACAAGCGUACUACUGCUGAGAAUGAUUUUGUGGUCCUCAAAAAGGAUGUAGAUGCUGCCUACAUGAACAAAGUGGAGUUGCAAGCCAAGGUAGAUGCCCAAAAUGAUGAGAUCAAUUUCCUAAGGACCCUUUAUGAAAUGGAACUGUCACAGAUGCAGAAUCAUGUCAGUGAUACCUCUGUGAUCGUCUCCAUGGACAACAACCGAUCUUUGGAUCUGAACAGCAUCAUCAGUGAGAUCCAACUGCAGUAUGAGAAUAUCAUCCAGAAGAGCAAGGAAGAGGCUCAAAAUCUGUACCAGAACGAGGUUCAACAGCUUCAGAUUUCUGUUGACCUGUAUGGUGACAAUCUGAAGACUACCAAGAGUGAGAUCUCUGAGCUCAACAGGAUGAUUCAGAGGCUUCGGGCUGAGAUUGAGAACGUCAAGAAGCAAUGUCAAACUCUGCAGACAUCUGUGAGUGAUGCUGAACAGCGUGGGGAGCUGGCCCUGAAGGAUGCCCUCAGCAAGCAGACUGAGCUGGAAGGGGCCCUGCGGAAGGCCAAGGAGGAGCUGACCCGGCUGUUGCGAGAAUAUCAAGACUUGAUGAACGUCAAGCUGGCCCUGGAUCUUGAGAUUGCCACAUACAGGAAGCUUCUGGAAGGAGAAGAAUGCAGGAUGUCUGGAGAAUGCCAGAGUGCUGUAAACAUCUCUGUGGUUGGUGGCAGUGUCAGCUCCGGAUCCCUCAGAGGAGCCUUCGGCAGCUACUCUGGGCAUGGGCUGGGUAGCAGUUUAGGCGGUGGAAGUGGCUUUGGGAUUAGUGGUGGCAGCUCCAGCACCAAGAUUGUCUCCUCCACCACUAUGGGCAAGAGGACCAGCCGAUAAUGGAGAGAUGGCUCCCUGUAUCCACCUGAGCACCCACAACUCUAUCUCUUCAAUUUCUUUUCCUCUUUCACCUUAAGCACAUACCUUUGCCCCAGGCCCUCUGGGUCUGGCUCUCAGGAACUGUUUGAGGAUGAGAUCAUCCUCUUCUCUCACUCCUUAUUCUCUUCCAAGGGUAUCCUUGAGGGGAUAGUGUCUUUGGCCAACUCUUUCUGAGUGUUUUAUUGCCUUGUUGCUGCUCUGGAUGGGCUUCUUGAUUGGACCAGGCAGUAGUUAUUACUUGACUUUU